CUGUAUCCAUUCGUGAAAUCAGCACUUCAAACAUGAAACUGAUCGUAGCCCUUUGCUUGGUAGCUGUGGCAGUUGCUGCCCCUCCUCCAAGGUCAAACUCUGGCAAUGUCGAGAUCGUCAAAUAUGAAAAUGACAAUAUUGGACUAGGAAACUACAAAUACGGAUUUGAAUUGACUGACGGAACUGGCGCCGAACAACAGGCUGAGCUCAGAAACGAAGGCAAGGAAGACGAGUCUAUCGCUGUGAAGGGUUCCUUCGCUUGGGUGGGACCUGACGGCGUGCUCUACCGUGUCAUCUACGUUGCUGACGACAACGGUUACCAGCCCACAAUUGAACAAGGACCCGGAGGAGCCGUCCCACCCGGAGUCGUUGCUUCUCUCCUCGGCUAAUUAAUAAGACUGUUAUUUAAUUUAUUGUAUUACCAAACUAUGUAUUGUAAUAUAUUAUUACCUAAACUUUA